AAAAGAAAGGGAAUGGAGAUAUGGCUUUUAAAGGGUCAAAUCAGAUCUGCUUCUUUGUGAAAAAUAGACCUGAUGCCUAGCUCCAGUACAAACAGCACCUGCAGUUCAUACUAGACCUUAACAGUAAAAAUACUGUUCCUGGUAUUUAAAAACAGUAAAAUUGCUGUGCUGGAUUGUAAGUGAUUAAGAAGGUGCCCAGACAGCUUUGUGUGUCCAGCUACAACUGUUCCUCUGCUACAGGGAGAUCAUCUGCUCCAGCAGAUCGCAGGAAGAAACAUCCUUGGUCACCCUGGCUGCCUCUGAGCAGGGGCUGCCCUUGGCUGUCGGCUCUUCUGUCAGCCUCAGGGUCGUGUGAAGGACAAGGGGCUCCAGAAAAUAAACUGUAGAUGCUCAGGAAAAGGAAGAUUCUGUUAAAAGCCCAGACUGCGUGGAAAGACUGGCACGAAAAUACAUGCAGAAGUGCACAGUGGAGUCAAGCACAGAGUCUGAGAAUGAAUCCAGGGCAGAGGUUGUGCCUAGCCCACUUUCUGGAGGACCCAAGAAAGCAAAGGAAUCCAGAAGACUACAAUUUGUAGAUCCUUAUGAUGGUGACUCAGAAGAUGCAUCUGUUCACACUGACUGUGGUAUAAAAGAUGCACCAUGGAGAAACAGUGCCUCAAAAGCAGUGCCUUUGGAGGGUGCUGAUACUUCAGAGGAUGAAGAAUCCUCCCCUAAUCCCCCAAAUGUCAGUGAAAUUCAGGCAGUACAUGACUGCAGAGCAGCCCUGGAGCUCCCUGGCCAGAAGAAGGGUCUGUUGCAGUCACCUCCAGGCCCAGGAGCAUUUAUCCCGGCGGGGCUGACACCUGACCACGCCUCACCGAGGGCUGUUAACCCUUCAGUCUCCGCGGGUCUCCCUGCAAUCCCGGCUGGCACUGCUCCACAGCCCCUGCUCGCAGCUCACUGUGAUGGCACAAUGGCAGAGCAGCCCAUAAUUAAAAGAAAACAAGGGAUUCCUGCUCCAGAGGGUGCUAGUGAAAAACUAAAGAAAUUCCGUACCACUUAACCUAAGGGAUGAAUAAAUCAUUGGACAGACUGUUCUGGAGGAUCAUUCUGGUAGAGAUUUCUUUUGCAGUGUGUACCUGAACUAACCAGGCUGCCUCAAGCCUGUUACAAAUGCACUGCACUGUACAGUAAGCUCUGAGCUCCACCUGAAAAACUGAAUCAAACAAGUUGUGUGGCAAUUCCAGUGAACACGAGCAAGGGUCUAUCCACAGCAUGACAGACCAGCUCCUCUGGAAGCAGCAGCCCAGAGUGCCCAGGUCCUCUGGAAGCAGCAGCCCCAGCUCCUGUGUGCAGUACCUGGAGGCAGCUGCUCAGUUUCAGUGUAAUCUCACCAACACUGACAAGGGUUUGUCAGGAGGGAAAGAAGAAUGACCCUUGGCUGCAAUUAUCUUCCAACAGCUAUGGCUUGUCUGGCACCUGCUUCACUGGUGUUUGGCUCCUGCUGUGCCUGACCUCCCUCCGAGUGGUGAAUGAUACAGGUUUGACUGCCAACAGCUGAACUGACUGCAACUGCUGGCAAUCCAGCAUUCAUUUUCUGCUUCAAAGGGGGAGAAGUUGUCUAAUUGCUGUUAACACAGCUGCUCCUUCCUUGUUUGACCAAUGUUUUGGGCAGUUUCUGUGUAGCUGCCAGAACAGUGUUUACAAUGUGAUGUGGAACACAUUAGCUCAGAGCUGCUUAGUGAAAGCAAUCAUUCAGGAGCUGCAGGAAUGGUGCCCACAGAUGGGAGACCAGUUAGGGAGCAAAGCCUGUCUCUCUGAUCUCUCUUUCCUGUAUGGUAAUUUCUUUAAUCAGGUUUAGAAUCUGGGUAGUCCAUUUGUGUGGGAGGAGAACUACUAACUAUGAAAGUAUAAUGAUGGCUUGAAAGAUGUUAGUACCAGCAACUUGUUUUUGUACAACUGGCAGAGAUUUUUAGUUUCUAGUUUCUUUCAUAGGACGGAAAGCCAUUCAAAAUAUUAUUUAACUGCUAACAUUGCACCCUUCCACCUGUGUAUAUAUUUUAUUAAAGCAACUUCUCUUUCAUCCUUAUUCCCCUAGCUGGAAAUGGUUUUUAAUCAGCUUGGAACAUAUGUGGUUAAACAGUAAGUUUCAGAGGCUUUUGACC